UCUCUUAGAUUUAUCAUUUCCUUUCGCUUAUUCCCUGGAUUUGUAUUGGCUAUGGAUAGGCGAAGUCGACGGGAAAAGUUAAAUUAUUCUUUCCUUAUCUCUCAAUUACUUUCCUCAAUUCUUCUUCAAUUUCUGUCGUUCAAUUCCUCAAUUCCUUCCCUUACAAAAAAUUCUUCUCUCUUUAAUUUCUAAAAAAUUUUCUCAUUUUAUAGCAACGCGAGUAUUUCGAGCAUUAACAGAAAUGAACAAAACUUCUGUUGCUAUUUAUUCAGAACAAGAUAAACAUUCAAUUCAUGUUUAUAAGGCUGAUGAAGCUUAUUUAAUUGGAAAAGGUUUACCCCCUGUUGCUGCUUAUUUAAAUAUUGACCAAAUUGUUGAUGUUGCUCUACGUAACCAGGUUGAUGCUAUACAUCCAGGAUAUGGUUUUCUUUCUGAACGUGCAGAUUUUGCCCAAGCCUGUCAAGAACGCGGAAUUGUUUUUAUUGGACCAUCACCUUCUGUUAUGAGGCGAAUGGGGGACAAAGUUGCUGCCCGUCAAGCAGCUAUAGAGGCGGGAGUUCAAGUUGUCCCAGGAACUAAUCAUCCAGUAACUAGUGCUGAUGAAGUAAUGGAUUUUGUUAAACAAUAUGGAACUCCGAUAAUAGUUAAAGCUGCUUAUGGAGGUGGUGGGAGAGGAAUGAGGAAAGUGGAAAGGGAAGAUGAUGUAGAAAAUGCUUUUAACAGAGCCUUUUCUGAAGCACAAGCAGCUUUUGGUGAUGGUUCUUUGUUUGUUGAAAGAUUUGUUGAAAGGCCGAGACACAUUGAAGUUCAAAUUAUGGGCGAUCACUACGGAAAUUUAAUUCAUUUAUACGAAAGAGAUUGUUCUGUUCAACGUCGACAUCAAAAAGUUGUAGAGCUUGCUCCAGCUCCAAUUUUAGACCCUAUUAUAAGACAGAAAAUGUUGGAUGAUGCAAUUAAGUUGACAAAACAUGUUGGGUAUCAAAAUGUUGGCACAGUCGAAUUUUUAUUGGAUAGAGCCGGGAAUCAUUAUUUUAUGGAAGUUAAUGCUCGAUUACAAGUAGAACAUACUGUUACUGAAGAAAUUACGGGAGUUGAUUUGGUUCAAGCCCAAAUUCGCAUUGCUGAAGGAAAAUCUUUGGAUGAUAUUAAAUUAAGACAGGAUGCUAUAAGUGUUAGUGGUGCUGCUAUUCAAUGCAGAGUAACAACAGAAGAUCCAGCUAAAGGCUUUCAACCAGACAGUGGAAGGAUUGAAGUUUAUCGGAGCGGUGAAGGAAUGGGAAUUCGUUUAGAUGGGGCUUCUGCUUUUGCUGGUUCUGUAAUUUCUCAACAUUAUGAUUCAUUACUUGUCAAGGUAAUUGCCCGUGCCAGAAAUCAUCAUUCCGCAGCUUCUAAAUUGGUCAGAUCUCUUAAAGAAUUUCGUAUUCGUGGAGUCAAAACAAAUAUUCCUUUUUUGAUCAACGUCCUCGAACAACCAGAAUUUCGAACAGGCGUAGUUGACACACUUUUUAUUGACGAACACCCAGAAUUGUUUAAUUUCAAACCUAGCCAAAACAGAGCACAGAAACUUUUGCAUUAUUUGGGUCAUUUAAAAGUAAAUGGACCUUUGACCCCAUUAGUUACUGACCUUCCGCCAAGAAAUGUUCAACCUGUUGUUCCUUCUGUUCCAGCAGACCAACCUCCCCCAGCCGGUUUGCGAGACAUUCUAAUAAAACAGGGACCUGAAGCAUUUGCCAAAGCUGUAAGGAAGAAUAAAGGAUGUCUUUUGACUGACACCACAUUUAGAGACGCACAUCAAAGUCUUUUGGCUACUCGAGUGAGGACUUUUGAUAUGGUCAAAAUUUCUCCUUUUAUGGCUUAUAAUUUUUCAAAUCUUUUUUCUAUGGAAGUUUGGGGAGGCGCUACUUUCAAUGUAGCUCUUCAAUUUCUUCACGAAUGCCCUUGGGAAAGAUUGGAAACGCUACGUCGUUUAAUACCCAAUAUUCCUUUCCAAAUGCUCUUUCGUGGUGCAAAUGCUGUUGGAUAUUCUAGCUAUCCUGAUAAUGUUAUUGACAAGUUUUGUGAACUCUCUGCUAAAUCCGGGAUUGACGUUUUUCGUGUUUUUGACUCUUUAAAUUACCUUCCAAAUAUGCUUGUUGGAAUGGAAGCUGCUGGAAAGGCUGGAGGGGUUGUUGAGGCAGCCAUUUCUUAUACCGGAGAUGUUUCCAAUCCUGAAGCAAAGAGAUACAAUUUGGAUUAUUAUUUGAAAUUGGCUGAUGAACUUGUUAAGGCUAAUGCACAUAUACUUGCAAUUAAGGAUAUGGCCGGUGUAUUGAAACCUGAAGCUGCCAAAUUAUUAAUUACUGCGCUCAGAGAUAGACAUCCAGAUAUUCCUAUUCAUGUACACACACACGAUACAGCAAUGACAGGUGUAGCAAGUAUGAUAGAAUGUGCUAAAGCAGGUGCUGAUGUUGUAGAUGCAGCAGUUGAUUCGAUGAGUGGAAUGACAUCACAGCCAUCUAUGGGGGCGAUAGUUGCUGCUUUGGAGAGGACAAAACAUGCUACAGGCCUAAAUAUGGAAAACAUUUCAAAAUACAACGCCUAUUGGGAAAUUGCUCGUCAGCUUUACCAACCAUUCGAAUCUUCCGUUUCAAUGAAAAGUGGAAAUUCAGAUGUUUAUAUUCAUGCAAUACCUGGUGGUCAAUACACAAAUUUACAAUUUCAGGCUUAUGCUCUUGGAUUAGGAGAACAAUUUGAUGAAGUUAAAAAAAUGUAUGCUGAAGCAAACUUGGCUUUGGGUGAUAUAAUUAAGGUAACUCCCUCGUCAAAAAUUGUUGGCGAUUUGGCACAAUUUAUGGUACAAAAUAAGUUGACACUUGAAACUCUUGCUGAGAGAGCAGAAGAAUUAUCUUUUCCAAAAUCUGUUGUAGAGUUUAUGCAGGGUUUAAUAGGGCAACCUCCCUAUGGUUUCCCAGAACCUCUUCGAACUAAAAUUCUUCGAGGAAAGAAAAAGAUUGAUGGACGUCCAGGUGAAGGAAUGCCUCCAAUGGAUUUGGAAAAGAAAAAGAAGGAAUUGGAAGAAAAGCAUGGAAGAGAAUUGAGAGAAGUUGAUGUAAUGUCUUCAGCCAUGUUCCCUCGCGAAUUUGACGAUUUUGAACAAUUCCGACAAACUUAUGGACCUGUAGACAAACUCGAAACUCGUGUAUUCCUUGUGGGACCAAAUGUCGCUGAGGAAGUGAAUGUUGAAAUUGAAAAAGGAAAGAAUUUAAUAAUUCAACAUUUGGCAGAAGGCAAAUUAAAUUCAAAGGGAGAAAGGGAAACAUUUUUCGAAUUGAAUGGGCAAAUGCGUUCAAUGUUUAUUUUGGACCAGGAAGCAUCCAAGGAUAUUGUUGUGAGGCCGAAAGCUAUGCCUGGAAUUAAAGGACAAAUUGGUGCUCCGAUGCCUGGAGAUAUUCUGGAAGUAAAAAUAAAGGUUGGCGACAAAGUUUCACCAAAACAAACACUUUUUGUGCUGUCAGCAAUGAAGAUGGAAAUGAGUGUUGAUUCACCAAUAGCAGGAACUGUAAAAGCAAUACAUUUAAACACUGGUGAUAAAGUAGGACCUCAAGACCUGGUGAUUGAAAUAGAGCAACAGGAGUAA